UUAACGUUCUACUCUUAACACAGCAUUAAAAUGAAUUUUUUGUUAAUUUUCGUUGUCACUUUAGCAACUAUAACUUCUGAUGUCUUCGGUGGGACUGGAUGUACAGCCAAAAUUAACUUAGCUGCUCAGUUAUCAGACUUUAUUCAGCAUGAGUACAUCAACUAUAUUAUUGCAAAUAGUAAUCAUCACACUGGUGCAUUAAUUGCUGGAAUUGGAAAUGAAGCUAAUAAUCUUUUGACAAAUAUGCCUUCAAUGAGUGUUAGUGACUCUAUGCUGUUGUCAACGUUGGACGAUGGAUCUCCAUUUACUGCUGCAUGUCUUUACGAUUAUUUCUUGGGUCGAGCAAAUGAAUAGAUUUGAUCAGUGAUGGUCAACCCAUGUG